AGCUUGUUGACUGCUCAGGUUUGAGAGCUGCAGGCAGACUUCAACACCAACCUGCAUGUUUACUGAUGCGUGCUACAUGUGAUAGUCUUUUAUAUUGCCUGCCUCAUCAAUGACUGAGCUCGUCCGACCCGAGGGCGAGCCCGUCUCGCGAGAUGACUCCACCGACCGCAGUAUCCUCACGCGCAUGCAGCGUUUCCGUACCAAUCCAUUCACCUUCGCGCACGAAAUAUCGCUCUUCGUCCGGGGCGUCGGAUGGCGAGCCUAUGACAAUCCACUCGGACAGCCAGUUUUCUACCCGGGCUACACGGAUAAUGUCAAAAAUGCGGUGAUGGCGUCGCCUCUUUUGCGGCAAAAGAUUGUCGAUUUGACUGAGGAACGCUUGAAAGUUGAAGAGAAGGAAUAUCUUCUGGACCCCGCGAGCCCGACAUAUCUACCCGAGAGGGAGAAGCGAAGGCAUGAAAUCACAUCGCAACUGAUUGAGAUUACGGCCGACAUGUUGGAUAAAAUGGUCUGCAAGAUGGAAAGCAAGAUGUACAUUAGGGCAGCUUUCUAUGGAGUCACGCAGUUGCUCACUAGAGCCUACAGCGCCAUCCACGUCUCUGAAGCUGAGGUCAAAAGACUCCGAGAAGUUGCAACGUUGGCGGCCAAAAAGAAACAAUCGAUCAUAUUUCUACCCCGACAUACGAGCCAUAUUGACUAUGUCACCCUGCACCUUGUGUGCUACCGCCUCGGCCUAACCCUCCCUGUUGUCGUUGCCGGCGACAACUUGAAUUUCCCACUCGUUGGCAACUUCUUACAAAAUACUGGCGCCAUGUGGAUCAGGCGAAGCUUCGGCAAUGAUCAGCUUUACACGACGCUUGUACAGGCAUAUUUGGACACUCUGCUUCAACAGGGGCUCAACCUAGAAUGUUUCAUUGAAGGCGGGAGAAGUCGAACGGGCAAGUUAUUAGGACCUCGCUUCGGCUUCCUCAGGUUCCUUCUCGACUCUGUACUCUCGGGCCGAACCGAUGACGCCUAUGUUUGCCCGGUGUCGUUGCAAUAUGACAAAGUGAUCGAGGUCGAUUCAUACGUCAACGAACUCUUGGGAAAUCCUAAACAGAAAGAAAAUCUUGCCGACUUCCUCUCGGCAUCCUCUGUUCUGUCACUAAACCUUGGUCGAAUCGAUUGCAGAUUCCAUGAACCUUGGAGCUUGAAAGAGUUUAUCAAGGAACAGCAAGCACGCCAGUCUCCGACCACUCUAGCGGAAGCAACUUCCUCGAGUUCCAAUAGUAGAAUUCGGCUGCUGCGAACCCUCGGGUAUAGAGUCCUCUCUGAUAUCAAUGCGGCUUCGGUCAUCAUGCCCACGGCACUGGUUGGGACCGUGCUCUUGACAAUACGUGGCCGUGGGGUGGGUAAAUCCGAGUUGAUUCGUCGGGUUGACUGGCUCUGCCGACGUAUCAGGGCGAAUGGGGGGAAAGUUGCGGAUUUCAGAGGCAUGCCCACCUCGUAUGUUGUUGAACGAGCCCUGGACGUCCUUGGGCCGAAACUCGUCGGUACAGUCGACGGCCUUGCAGAGGAGACCUAUUAUGCUGUUGACCGUUUUCAGCUAUCGUUCUACAGGAACAUGACGAUUCACCUUUUCAUCUCAGAGGCAUUGAUUGCGGCGGCCUUGUAUACCAAGGUGAAACAAGGUGGAGGAAGCGCCAACCAACGUAUGCCCGAGAUUGAGUUGGUUGAUAAAGUUACUUUCUUAUCGCAACUGUUCAGGGGUGAGUUCAUUUUCCCGGCAGGUCAAGGCUUGCGACACAACCUGGAACAGGCGAUGCAAGGCUUGGUGCGAGAUGAUGUCCUUAAAGUUACAGAAGACUCUGAAAGAAUGGUCGGCCUAUCUGAUGCUGAACGGAAGUCAGGCAGGGAGAAUUACGACUUGUACUGUUUCCUGAUUUGGCCGUUUGUGGACGCUGCCUGGCUCGGAGCAGUCUCUUUACUGGCAUUGGUACCUCCGGCCUCCUCCUCUGUGGAUUGGGUCGAUAUGCAAAAGGCUCAAAACAUGGCUCAGCUUGCUGGCCGUACUCUGUACCACCAGGGGGACUUGUCUUACUUUGAAGCAGUCAACAAAGAAGCGCUCAAAAACGCCUACAAUCGAUUCCAAGAAGAAGGAAUAAUAGAUGUUGCAAAGGGUACGGACUCGAAAGCAAAAGUCACGGUGCGGCUUGCUCCUCAGUGGACGCCCGAACGAGACCCGAGUACUGGGGAAUUGAGUCCAUCUGGCCGCCUAUGGGAUUUCAUCGAAAAGAUUGCGCAAUACCGCCGAGAAGGGAAAAACAGGCGCGACGGCGCAGCCGUCUCCACGCGUGUGCUUUCACUGGCGGCGAGGCUGAACCAACAAAUGUUUGCAGACGAGGCGGUGCCCAUACCGACCGCCGAUCAGACAACUGUGAUGGAACGCAGGAGGCCCUCCAAGCUAUGAAUGUUAUUCACGGAGUUGGUGCUUCGCGAGGUCCCCCAUCGCACAUUUUCACGGCACUUAAUGCGAGGGAUGCAAAGCAAUUUUGCGAAUGUGCGAACCCAUAUGCCAAAACCUUUAUCGGCCAAUAUCCAUGCCUCUGCAAUGCGAGGAGUGUUUACUUUUCCAAUAAGCCAGGAGCAUCAUUGCCCGCCGCCCUUUGACGGCUAAAGCCGUUCCAUCUCAAGAUCGAGAUGAAAGUCCCUGCUAUCUGUGUGAGUAAAAGGACUCAGUCUGUAAAAUCAGAGAGCUGGUACGCCGGGAUAAUGAAUUGAUCAAUGUUUCACCAAGGAUUCGUCCACAGCAGCUACUCCCAAGGACCAUCGUGCUGUGCGGUGUUACCAACGAAUGUGGCCACGUUUUGAAACUUGGGCAUUGAGACAACAGGUCUGUCUCCACGCUGUACAACGGACCUGGCCCGGCCUAGAACCGGGCCAUCAGGCCAGACUUUACAGAGCCGUUUCGGACUAUGACAACGCACCCCGUAACAGUAUCCAAGGCUACGGUGGGAUGUUGUACAAUCCGGGUUCGCUUUAGAUUUGCAUGGAAAACAAAUCCGCUGUGUAAGCACCGUCAUUUGUGUGAUUUUAUUGUCUGGUUGUGCCUGGAUUUCUUCCGAGGCGAGGCUGUCUGGAAAGGGGUGAUUCAAUAAGGGAACUCGUGUAGACGUCAUGUUCUGAGACAAAGGGACGCCUCGAGCCAGUGUAUUCAAAGAUGUCCAACUUCUGGCAAAAAUGCACAGCGAGAGAUUCACUAUUGCUGUAGAGUCGGCGUCUACAAUCCGUUAUGGUGCUAAUGAUACCUACCUCCAGACGACGCCC